AUGGCUUUGGACUGUUCAAUAAAAGACAAGGCUAGUAGCACAUUUCGUCAGUUGAGACCCUGUUCUCUCACGCCGAGAGGUCAGGCGACUCCUGGAGAUUUGUCUAAACUCCAGCCACGACCACCGCUGAGAAGGCAGGCAGAAGGCACUCAGGAUCAGAAAAUAAUCCGUGAGGAAGUCUCCGGCCAACCACAGCUCCAGCAAACAAAAGACAAGGCUAGUAGCACAUUUCGUCAGUUGAGACCCUGUUCUCUCACGCCGAGAGGUCAGGCGACUCCUGGAGAUUUGUCUAAACUCCAGCCACGACCACCGCUGAGAAGGCAGGCAGAAGGCACUCAGGAUCAGAAAAUAAUCCGUGAGGAAGUCUCCGGCCAACCACAGCUCCAGCAAACAAGAAUCUCUGUUAAAGAGAGAAUGGAAGCUGCAGCAAAGGCCUGGAGAGAUGAGAAUGAGAGAAGAGAGAAGACCAAAAUUGAAGAAGAGGAAAAGCAGGAGACCAGCUCUGAUAACGUCCGGAAUUUGAUGUUAAUGAUGGAGGAAAGAUAUGAAACAUUGAAGGCCCUCAAGCACUACGAGGCCAGAAAGGAAAAUCUUGAAAAGAAGAUGGAUCCCCUGCAAAACCGCAAUAAUGCUCAUGAUCGCCACAUCAGAGAAGCCCUGGAGGAAAAGCAGCUGAAAAAAUACAGCGGCAGAAACAGGACGCUUCCUGGAAAAUCACAGUAA